CCUCAAACCACUCAAACUUCAAACUUCAAAGCAGACCUCAAAUAAAAACAAUUCAAAAAUUUAUUUAAACGUUUAUAUUUUUCUAAGAAUAUUUCACAUUGAACAAUAAACAUGACUGAUAUAUAUAAGUUAAUUCAUCCAAAUAAAUAUUUUGAUGAUUACAUUUCACGAAAUGUACGGCCUGAUGGCAGGAAAUUCGAUGAACAGCGGAGUAUUAAAUUAAAUUUAUAUGCAAUAAAAACAUCAGAAGCUUCAGCAGUUGUCAAAUGUGGUAAUACAACAGUGAUAUGUGGAAUAACCUUAGAAUUAGCAACACCUAAAGCAGAGGAACCAGACAAUGGUUUCCUUGUUACAAAUGUAGAGUUACUGCCUCUAUGCUCAUCAAAAUUUAGACCUGGGCCGCCAUCUGAUCAUGCACAAGUUGUUAGCAAUACAGUUAAUGACAUAUUAAUAAAUUCAAAAUGUAUAGAUCUGAAGGACUUAUGCAUAGUAUCUGAUAAAUUAGCUUGGGUGCUAUAUUGUGAUAUGGUUUGCUUAGACAAUGAUGGUAGCGUUGUUGAUGCUUGUUUAACUACAUUAAUGGCAAGUUUAAAGACAUUAUCCUUGCCAACUGUAAACUAUGACGUUGAAACAGAGGAUAUCAAAGUUGACCCCAGUAUAAGAAAACCUCUCAAAGUUACUGGACUACCAGUGGCUACAAGUUUUGCGAUAUAUCAAACACCACAGAGCAAUAUUGUAUUGACAGACCCCACAGCAUAUGAAGAAGAAAUGUGUGGUGGCAUAGGAGCAAAUCUUAUAGUAUGUUGGAACCAAGGGCUGCUAUGUGGAGUUCAGAAGUUUGGUGGGGGAAAUAUUACAACAGAGAAGCAUAAAGAUAUGUUAAAAGUAGCUAAGGAAAGAAGUAAGAUUAUAGAAAAAGUUAUAGACACAUGUUUAAAUGAUGAUUCUAAUAAAUAAAUACAAGUUUU